GCCCGGCGUACAACGUCGAUUUCAAUGUAAAUGUGUCAAGAAAUUGAUUCUCCACUAUGGCGACGUUUCGCUUCGGGCAGCACAUCAUAAAGUCCUCGGCUGUGUUUUUGAAGACGGAGUUGUCCUUCGCCCUAGUCAACCGAAAGCCGGUCGUGCCUGGUCAUGUUCUCGUGUGUCCUCUCCGCGUCGUUGAGAGGUUUCGGGAUCUUCGUCCUGAUGAAGUGACGGAUCUGUUCAUGACCACGCAGAGAGUUUCCAGUCAAAUAGAGAAACACUUCCAGGCCUCCUCCCUCACCAUCUGCGUACAGGACGGACAUGAGGCGGGACAGACAGUGAAGCAUGUCCACGUCCACGUGCUGCCGAGGAAGGCUGGAGACUUCGAGAAGAAUGACAGCAUCUAUGAUGAGCUCCAGAAACAUGACCGGGAGAGCGAGGAUGACUCUUCUCAAUGGAGAUCUGAAGAAGAGAUGGCUAAAGAGGCCAGUGAAUUACGCAGCCUCUUCAGCUAAUGUGUCUGCAGUGCUUUAUCUGUUUGGAAGGUUGCAAGACAUGCAGUUGAUUAAGAAAACUUCAAAGAGAACUUCAACAAAUCGAAAUUUGUUCCUACGUUUUUUUAUGACCAUUUAUUUAAAAUAAAAAAUUUUGUUGAUUGAUGUAUUCUAAAAAAAACAACAUAAAAAUCCUGGUAUUAUUAUGAUAUUUACAAACUCCCAACUAAGCUUUUUAAUUUUCAUCGACAGGUUCUCUUAGCAUGGGCAUAAUGUUCCGCCAUAUACUGUAGAUGUUUCGUUUGGAACAAUAAGGACUCUGAUUUAAGAACAAAUCAUUAUAUUUUAGUAACUGGUUUAGUAAUAAUAUAGUUGCAACAACUGUUUAAUAGUCAUGGUGUUUUACUUAAUUACUCUGAAUUGCUGUUGUCUUUAAAAUAUUUUACCCUAGUAUUUUGAAUUUCUGUGUUAGACUUGCUACUGACGGCGUUAGGGGUUACACAUCUUUCACCUUGUUUUACGCUUGAACAACUAAAUGAAGAAUGCUUAAGUCUAUUUAACUGAAUGUAUUGUAUUACAUUACAACAUCGAUGCUGUAAAACAUCGCUGUGAAAUUGAAUAUAGUAACAUUAAGCUUUCACUGGAAGUUUGUUUGCUUUAAACCCUAUACUGUGCAUAGAGCCCACAGAAGAAGGCUUUAAGACAAAUCUAAUUUUAAAUUAUUCAAAAGAGAAAAAAAACUGAGGACAUGAGCUGGCUAGUUUUUUUUUUAUCUAUAGGCUAUCGUUUUUAAUUUAUAACAACUACACUUACUAAUUGUUUUUGUUUUUAUUAAUGAUAAUAAAUUUCUAUUUUAAACAAA